GUGUUUCCGUUCCAUCCUCGCGUCGAUUCGACCAUUAUAGCGGCAUUUCGAACGAGAUAAAAGGAAUCGCCACGGCAGCCCUCCAAAAUUAUUCUCCAGGAGAUCUCUCUCCUCAUCCUCCUCCAACUUCCUUCCCCCUUCUCUCUCCCCUCCUCCUCGUUCCCAGGAGAUUUCCUUCCCCCUCUUCCGGAAUUCCAGAGGAGGAAGAGAAGGGCUCGAAUUCUGGCGGCUCCGAGGAUCACUUGUUCCCCCGCUGCGAUCAAGAGUCGUUUACUCUGCGCCGGCACCGGUUACCGGUAAGAGGAACUACCCACCACUCGAAGAGGGAAAAAUACUUUGCUUGACGCAAUGCCAGAUAUUCAGUUGGGAGCUCAUACUGUAAGAUCUCAUGGAGCCAAAGUAGCAAAAUUUCAUAUGCAUGACUGGAUUGUACUGCUACUACUUAUGGUUCUGGAUAUCAUAUUGAAUGUCAUAGAACCUUUUCACCGCUUUGUGGGAGAGAACAUGUUGACAGAUCUAAGUUACCCACUAAAAAGCAACACGGUGCCAUUUUGGGCAGUUCCGCUAAUUGCAAUUCUUUUACUUGUAAUCUUUAUUGCAAUUUACAUAAAAAAGAGGAAUGUGUACGAUUUGCAUCAAGCCAUACUAGGGUUGCUGUUUUCUGUGCUUAUAACUGCUGUCCUUACGGAUGCAAUUAAGGAUGCCGUUGGUAGACCAAGGCCAGAUUUCUUUUGGCGCUGUUUUCCUGAUGGACAUGGCGUUUAUAACAAUGUCACUACAAGUGUUAUAUGCAAUGGGGAGAAGAGUGUGAUAAAGGAAGGACACAAGAGUUUUCCGAGUGGGCAUUCUUCAUGGUCUUUUGCAGGUCUGGGAUUUCUUGCAUGGUAUCUAUGUGGUAAACUAAGAGCUUUUGAUCGCAGGGGCCACAUUUUCAAACUGUGCAUUGUACUUCUUCCUUUACUUGCUGCAGCCCUUGUUGCAAUUUCUCGAGUGGAUGACUAUUGGCAUCAUUGGCAAGAUGUAUUUGCUGGGGGUCUUUUAGGACUAACUGUCGCUUCAUUUUGUUAUCUGCAAUUCUUCCCACCCCCAUAUGAUGCAGAUGGCUGGUGGCCCCAUGCAUAUUUUCAGGCAUUAGCAGAUUCGCACAACAACGAGCAGGUCCAGGUUUCUUCUACAACAAAUGAUCUUAAUUCGAGGCCAUCAGAGAUUGAAAUAGUUUAUGAUUCAUUUGAAGUUCGUGGUGGGGUGAAUACAAGGGACUCGAGCCCAAUUCUUGAUACUAUCGAGUCUGGCAGGAGACAUUGACUUUGUAAUCUGGAUCUCAUGCAGAAUUUCGUAGGAACUAACUUCGUAAUGUGUAGGAAUAUGAUGCACUAUGUUUCAUGUUUCCUUGUGUCAUACUUCAGCCUUUCUCCCCUGUUGUUGUGUGCGGUUUUAUUGUUCUGUAUGUGCCGAGAAGUUAUUGCAUGCACCAGGUGGCACCAGGGCAAAUCCCGGAGCAUAUGCGCGGUGCAGAGCGCGCAAUGGGUAGUCGGUGAAAUACAAAGGGUCGCGUGGCGUGUUAUGGUCCAAUUGCACCUGGUGCAUGCAAUACUGAGGCGUCUAUGCCCAUAUAAGCAUGAGAAAUCUCAUAUUCUUUUCAUGUACAUGGUUUUUCUUUACUAAUAAACGUUGAAAGCAUUCUGAUA